AUGCAGGGGGCCUGGAUGCUGCUGCUGCUAGGCCUGCAGCUACGGCUCUCCCUUGGCUUCAGACCAGUUGAAGAGGAAGACCCAGCCUUCUGGAACCACCAAGCAGCCCAGGCCCUGGAUGUUGCUAAGAAGCUGCAACCCAUCCAGACAGCUGCCAAGAAUCUCAUUCUCUUCCUGGGGGAUGGGAUGGGGGUGCCCACGGUGACAGCCACUCGGAUCCUAAAGGGGCAGAUGAAUGGCAAACUGGGAGCUGAGACGCCCCUGGCCAUGGACCAAUUCCCGUACCUGGCUCUGUCAAAGACAUACAACGUGGAUAGACAGGUGCCAGACAGCGCAGGCACGGCCACCGCCUACCUGUGCGGGGUCAAGGCCAACAUGAAGACCAUUGGUGUAAGUGCAGCUGCCCGCUACAACCUGUGCAGCACGGUACAUGGCAAUGAGGUCACAUCUGUGAUGAACCGGGCCAAGAAAGCAGGGAAGUCAGUGGGAGUGGUGACCACUACGAGGGUGCAGCAUGCCUCGCCAGCUGGCACCUAUGCACACACGGUGAACCGUAACUGGUAUUCAGACACGGACAUGCCUGACCAGGCGAAGAAGGAGGGCUGCCAGGACAUCGCCACGCAGCUCAUUGGCAACAUGGACAUUGAUGUGAUCCUGGGUGGAGGCCGAAAGUACAUGUUUCCUGAGGGGACCCCAGACCCUGAAUACCCAGGCAACGCCAGUCAGAACGGAAUCCGGAAGGACCAGCAGAACCUGGUGCAACAGUGGCAGGACAAGCACCAGGGUGCCCAGUACGUGUGGAACCGCACGGCGCUCAUUCAGGCAUCUAAGGACCCCAGUGUAACACACAUCAUGGGCCUCUUUGAGCCAACAGACAUGAAGUUUGAGUCCCAGAGAGACACCACCAAGGACCCAUCCCUGCAGGAGAUGACAGAGGCAGCCCUGCGUGUGCUCAGCAGGAACCCCCGGGGCUUCUACCUCUUUGUGGAGGGAGGCCGCAUUGACCACGGUCACCAUGAAGGCAUAGCUUACAGGGCGCUGACCGAGGCGGUCAUGUUCGACAAUGCCAUUGCCAAGGCCACCCAGCUCACUAGUGAAGCAGACACGCUGAUCCUCGUCACCGCCGACCACUCCCAUGUCUUCUCUUUUGGCGGCUACACACUGCGUGGAAGCUCCAUUUUCGGGCUGGGUUUUGACAACGCCACCGACGGCAAGUCCUACACCUCCAUCCUCUAUGGCAAUAGCCCGGGGUACGUGCUUGGCGGAGCCUCAAGGCCCAACGUCAACGACAGGGAAAGCAGCGACCCCGCGUACCAGCAGCAGGCGGCCGUGCCCCUGAAGAGCGAGACCCACGGCGGCGAGGACGUGGCGGUGUUCGCGCGCGGCCCGCAGGCGCACCUGGUGCACGGCGUGCAGGAGCAGACCUUCGUGGCGCACGUCAUGGCCUUCGCCGCCUGCGUGGAGCCCUACACCACCGACUGCCACCUGCAGCCCCCCGCCGACGCCGCGCCCCAGGCCGCCUGCCCACCCUCGCUGGCCCUCCUGGUCGGGGCGCUGCUGCCGGUGCUGCUGGCGGCCGGCCCACACUGA